GCGGUCUAUUCAGAAGAGAACACAAGGCUACUGCAACCUGUUACACACAUCACCCACCUCCUCCCUGCGCUACAGCGAGACAACCAAAAACACCUAGCCAACAUGGAAAACGAAUACAGUCAAAACAUCUACCAGAACAUUGAAGGACAAGGCGAGGUACUUUAUGAGUCUAUCGAUGACAUAGCGAAGACCCAAAAUCAGAACCAAUACGAGAAUAACCUCGUGAUCGAAGACAACAGUCCAGCUGCAAGGGAAGCUGCGAGUUGUUCUGAACAAAUUUAUGAUGAAGUUGCUUUGGAAGUUCUGGAUUCCCCGUCCCGUACCGACACCCCUGAUUACAUGGCGAUCCGACAACCCGCAGAUGAGAGAGGGCUAGCUUCAUUUGAACAAAGCGUAGACAGGAAAAAUAUGUCAUCAGGUUCAUCCGUAGGCUCGUCUUCCUCUCAUCAAGGCGAUGAAGGUGAUCAAGGUGAUCCUGAUGAAUAUGACGGAGUAUCAAGCCCGACAGCGGUGGUAGAGGAUAAUGCCAUGGACGGGUUGCUUAUGGCUUACAGACUGCCGUCCAACGGCACCACUGCUAAUGAGGAGAUCAGCGACCAGGAGACAACUGGCGACAACAACAACAUCGAGGAGAACGACAACUCUGAGCAGGACCAGAUGGUAAUCUCACUGUUCGUCAAGGCUGGCAGUGAUGGAGAAAGCAUUGGGAACUGUCCUUUCUCUCAACGUCUCUUCAUGAUCCUCUGGCUCAAAGGGGUUGUCUUCAACGUCACCACCGUCGACUUAAAAAGAAAACCCGCAGACCUGCAUAAUCUGGCCCCAGGGACUCAUCCACCUUUCCUGACCUUUAAUGGCGAGGUCAAGACUGACAUCAACAAAAUCGAGGAGUUUCUGGAGGAAGUCCUUGCACCGCCAAAGUACCCCAAGCUUGCUGCUAAACAGCGAGAAUCCAACACUGCAGGAAAUGACAUUUUUGCAAAGUUCUCAGCAUUUAUAAAGAACACAAAACCAGAGGCCAAUGAAUCACUGGAGAAGGCCCUGUCCAAGGCACUGAGGAAGCUGGAUAGUUACCUGAACACUGCGCUCCCCGAGGAGAUCGACACGGAAAGUGCUGAAGAUGUGAACGUGUCAAAACGCAAGUUCCUGGAUGGAGACGAGCUGACUCUCGCGGACUGUAAUCUCCUGCCAAAGCUUCAUAUAGUGAAGAUUGUAGCGAAAACAUAUCGCAACUAUGAAAUCCCGUCGGACAUGACAGGAGUGUGGCGGUACCUGCAGAAUGCUUACACCAGGGAUGAGUUCACCAACACGUGUGCUGCAGACAAGGAGAUUGAGAUGGCAUACAUGGAUGUGGCGAAGAGGCUCUCUCAAUAGAAAACCAGCACUGGAAGGAACAGCUCAAAUGCUAUAUAUUGUAGCCUAACCUUUUCAAACUGGUUGCUGUUGACUUUUGUUUCUGUUGGCAUCAACAUUUAUCAAUAUCAACAUUUGUUUGGCUGGGACAAACCCUGUUUCGUUAGCUGUGUGACCCAACAAACAACUAUGCCAGUGUUUAAUUGUGUUUAUUUCUUGUCAUUGAAAUGAGUACUAACCUGGAUACAGCAGUGUUGCUGCUGGAGUCUGAAGCUUUCAUCUUUAUACAUUCUUUGAUUGCUCCUACAUCUCAAUUAAAAAGGAGUGCCACAUUCAAUAAAUUAUUAUUAUUAUUAUUAUUAUUAUUAUUAUUAUUAUUAUUAUUAUUAUUAUUAUUAUUAUUAUUAUUAUUAUUAUUAUUUUUAUUUUAUAUGUGUCCUUACUGAUUUAUAGCAUUCACCUUAAUCUGCCAACAAUAUUAACUGCAGCCUUGGAAAGUGAUCCCACAUCUGUUUUCAAGUAAACUCUCAUCUCUCAGCGGGGUGGUUGAGCAGCAGUCUCAGAUACACAGUAUAAUGGACAAUGCUAGGAGGCUGUGUGGUUCAGCGGUUAAAGAAAGGAGCUUGGAACCAGGAGGUCCCCGGUUCAAAUCCUACCUCAGCCACUGACUCACUGUGUGACCCCGAGCAAGUCACUUAACCUCCUUGUGCUCCGUCUUUCGGGUGAGACGUAGUUGUAAGUGACUCUGCAGCUGAUGCAUAGUUCACACACCCUAGUCUGUGUAAGUCGCCUUGGAUAAAGGCGUCUGCUAAAUAAACAAAUAAUAAUAAUAAUAAUAAUAAUAAAUAGAGAAAGUACACAGUAUAUAAUGGACAAUGCUAGAGCAAAUAUACAGUAUAUAAUGGACAGUGGUUCAGUAUACUGCCUGUAUAUAUUAUAUAAUAACUAGCUAGGGUAACUUUUUGUGGUCUAUACUGUAUAUAGUGACUCAUUAUUUUGAAGAUAUAUAUUAUUUUAUUGACCACAUUUGGCUCAGUGGAUUUAUUUCAGCUAAAACUAAGUUUGCUAGCUAGAUGAACAAAAAGUUGGUGUUUUGAUGAUUUUGAAGCAUUGCUAUUGAAAAUGAAAUAGUAGGUCAGAUUUUCAAAGCGUUGACUCCAGUCAGUAAUGUAAUCCAUGUUAAUGUUACAAAAUGGAAAACAAACAGCAUGUGCUCAAGAGACCUAUAGUUAUAAUAUUUAGUUGUUUGGUUCUGGUUUAGAUGUUAUCGCCUUUCAAAAAACAAAUAAAUAAAAAAGGAUGGAUUGGAGGAACCUGUUGAAAUGCUGGCCUAAUUAAACUGCUCAGUCACAAAGUCUAAAUACAUCUUAGACACAUCUGACCCCAGCCCUCUGCUUCCCAUGCUUGCGGUUACCUGACUCAGGUACUGUUCACAGCAGGACUACACUUACCAGAAUGCAUUGGGGUAUGUUGAAAAGCCUGGACUGCCCUAAACUGCCCUAGUGUCCAUGGAGUCAUAUGGUAACCCUACCCAUGCUAAUUCCUGUCUUGACACCCCUAUUUCUGCCUUCCCAAUACCCGUACAAGCACUGAGAUUAAAUUGUUCUGGCAUUACUAAACAGCAAGUCUUCACAAAUACACUUCCAUCUGAUGAAGGGAAAUGGUCUUGAAAGCUUGUGUUGUAAACAAACUAGUGGGCCAACAAAAGGCAUCAACAUAUAUAUCAAGUACAAGUAAGAAAAAAUGUUCAAUGUGUCUAGGGGGGCAAUGACACACACAAUGCGUUAACACAUGCAAGGUUAUGGAUAGUGACUCUCCUUUUCUACUGUUCCACUGAUUCGAUUAAUUAACUUAAGGUUCUGUAGAGAAGCGGUUCCCAAACUGCGGUAUGCGUACCCCUGAGGUCUAGAGGGUACGCGGGACAAAUUGUGUAAUGGUGGGGUAUUGUUUGCAUUUUCAUAAGACUUGCUAUACUCAGACAAAGCUUUACAACUCAUUGGGAAUUCCUUUUAAUUUCUGGCAUGAAAGGCACGUGACACUAGUUAGUUUCAGAAACAAAAAGAGAGCCUGUGCGGUGCAAGACAAUCAUGCAGCUGCGAGGCACUUGGGUUGUGGCGCACACGUUUAUUGCAAACCUCCAAGAAGUACCAAUGAGAACAAAGAUACACAGAGACAAUGACGUACAGAGCCCCUGCCACCAAUCACCGUACAGCGUGAAUUAUAUGUAUUAUAUUGUUAUAGUCAUUUAUAUUGUAUGUAUUAUAUUGUUUAUGUGCAUUAUAUGUGUAUUAUGAAAGCAUAUAUUAAAAAUAACAUUUAAAUAUAAGCCUGUAUGCUAAGGAUACACAGACAGUUGAUAGGUCUGGAAGAGGGUACGCGACAAUCAAAAGUUUGGUAGCCGCUGCUGCAGAGUGUCUGUCUAUUGCUGUAUCUUUACUGUGGCAUUAGGACAUUUACUGAACAACACCGAAUUGAAAUCUUGAAAAAUACUUCAAAGUCAUCCUAAACCACUGCAUAAACACAGACACCAGUUAAACUCUUGUUUUAGAUUAGUUUAGUUUUACAAAAUUUGUCCCAGACCUGCUAUUCUGCUUGUGAAUACAGUUUUGGUUAAAAAAAAAAAAGAAAAUCACUAUCUGGUAGUACACUGACAGUCCUGAGUGAUCAUAUUGCUUAAAAAAGCUUGAAGAGCUGAAUGCCUUUGAUGAAGUAUUUUUUUUUCAAAGAUGUUUCUCCCAAAUAUGCUUUAACUAUAAGCUGUUUAAAUGCGACGUGAUAAACCCUGAUAAAACAGUUAAGCUCUUUAUGAAGUGAAGGGAAGUCUCUUUGUCUGAAACUUGACAUGGUUGUUCUUUGCCAAUUAGUCUAAUUUCCUACAAGAACAAGUCUGUAAAUGGAAGGGGAGAAUUAAAAGCCACUUCAUAAGAACAACCAUUGCACCUCGGCACAUUCUGACAAGACCGAGCUGAUGGCUUUCUUUGCAAGUCGUCACCCUGCUUCAGUUGUUGCACAUGAAUCAGACAUGAAUCAUUUAAUUAUCUCUGUAUUUGAUGUUCUUUUGGAAGAAAACAUUUAAUGGUCUGUUCUUAGUGAAGACUAUGAUGUCUUUAUAGAAACACUCUAACAUCCUUUCUGCUACUUUAUUUUCUUUAUAACCAUUUAUAUUAUGUAUCUUACAAUGGCUUUUUCUUGAAUCGCUACGUUCAUGGUUUCCUUGUAAUAGGUGAGAAUGAGUCUGAGGUUCUAGAUGUACAUACAUGUAUGUUUUUCAGGUACAUGUUGUGGAUGAGUAUUGUUCUUUGGUUCAAAGUCUUCCAGUCUGAAUUUGACUUUUCUUCUUGAGUUACCCAUUCCUAGGUGAAAUUAGACUCCCCAGAACAACAACAAAAAAAACCAAGAAAAAUUGUAAAUGUAAUUUGCCCCAGUAACAUAUUUCACCCAUUCUGAGAUUAGUUAUUAACUACUAAAAUAAUCAGGUGCCAGCAAUCUGGCAAAUGAGGCUCUUGCUAUGUCUGCUCUGAACAGACUGUUACAGGAGUUAUCAGACCUGGAAUGAGUCUCACCUGAGUCUGUAGUUCUUCAUCAUUGUUUACAGACCUCUGGAGGGAUCGUUUUAAUAAGCCUUAUGAAGUAUAAUUCCUUCCCCCUAAUUUGGUUGGGUCACAUAUAUAGGACGGGGAUGACCAAUAACAAUUGGUUUGCGCGCAUGUGAAGCUGUUGGAGCGACAUGGAAAUAGAAUCACAAACGUUUACAACAGUUUGACAGUGAAUGGUAAACCUUUCUGUCCUGGCAGCUGCUGAAAUAAAAGUGUUUAUUUUCACAAUUACUGAAGGACUGCCUUCUCUGUGUAUUUAUCUUUUACAAAAACACACACACACACACAAAAAAAAACCACUGAGUGCUAGUAUCGUAUUGGACAUAAUACCAGAAUCCAUAGCUCUUUACAUAGCAUCCAGAUACAGUAUAUAGCAUGUGAAGCUGGCUUGCAAUCACUAUAUUCUAUACGGGUUACAAAGUGCUGAUGAGCUGGUGCAGCAGUUGUCAAAACUGUGUUAAAGCAUUUAAGCUUCUUUUGAGACUGCGAUCAGUUUAUUCUUACAAAGAAGUAAGGGCUAUGACAUCAGUUCAAUAUCCUGUGUCUAAAGAUCCCUCAUUCAAUGAAGGGCCUAGGGUGUCAAUCCGAGUGGCUUAAUCUCAAUUGUUAAAUUCUCUCUAACCUGGCAGGCUCUCAAACAAGUUGUCUGUACAUCAAUAAAUUCAUCAUAACUAAUUUAAAAAA